GUCGUGGCUUUUCAAUGCCUUUCCCCUACAUCUGCGGGAGACGAAGAUCCCCUGAGCCUAAGAAGAGACAGAAACUCAGGAUGCCUAUUUCGAUCACUGAUUUAAAUCUAUUGUUGUUUGUAAUGUGAAUACGACAAUACCUUUGUAAAGUUACCCAAAGAUGAAAAUGGGGAAUGAAGAUCCCACGGGCCUCAUCUUACAAGAGGCGCUGGAAGAGAGAGGGAAAGGUCCUGGUGUCUGUCAGGCAGAUGGUAACAGAGAAUUCCUGCAAAGGAUCCCAGGAGGCCAGGUGAAACAGGAAUCAAGUGAGGGGUCUCUUCAGCCCCAGGAAGCCCAAUGGCAGGACUUCCUGAAGAAAAUGGAGCCUCCUCAGUAUGAGUGGGGGAUUCCACAACCGCCGGAGACCACCCCGUGGGAAGACACCAAGGCCUUCCUGGCCUCCUUCGAGCAAGUGGCCGAGGCCUGCCGGUGGCCCAAAGAAGAGUGGGCGGCCCGGCUCCUCCCCGCCCUCAGCGGAGAAGCUGAGCAGGCCUUUAGAGGCCUGGAGGCCAGAGACAGAGAGGAUUAUGGGAAGGUGAAGACGGCCAUUUUGCAAGGGGACGCUGUCCUCAGGGAGAAGAAUCGCCAACGUUUCAGGCGUUUUUGCUACCAGGAGGCCGAGGGGCCGAGAGGGACUUAUAGCCAGCUCCGGGAGCUUUGCCGAGGGUGGCUGAAGCCGGAGAGACACAGCAAGGAGCGGAUUUUAGAGUUGCUAAUCCUGGAGCAGUUCCUGGCCAUCCUGCCCCCAGAGAUCCAGAACUGGGUCAGAGAACGAGGCCCGGAGAUGUGUUCUCAGGCAGUGGGCCUGGCUGAGUCUUUCCUGCUGAGGCUGCAAGAGGCCGAGAGGCCGGAAAAACAGGAGUUCCUCAAGACGGGGGAUCCCUCUGGCUCGGGAGGGCCACAGUUGCCGGAGGAGCCCACGCCGUGGGACGACAUUAAGGCCUUCCUGGCCUCCUUCAAGCAAGUGGCCGAGGCCUGCCGGUGGCCCAAGCAAGAACAGACGACUCAACUGUUGAAAGCUCUCAGCGGAGAAGCCAAGCAGGCCUUCAGAGGCCUGGAGGCCGGGGAGGAUUAUGGGAAGGUGGUGGCGGCCAUUUUGCGAGAGGACGGCAUCAUGAGGGAGAAGAACCGCCAACGCUUCAGGCAUUUCUGCUACCAAGAGGCCGAGGGGCCGAGAGGGGCUUAUUUUAGACUCCAAAAACUUUGCCACCAGUGGCUGAAGGUCGCGAGACACUCCAAGGAGCAGAUUCUGGACCUGUUGAUCCUGGAGCAGUUCCUGGCCAUCCUGCCGCCAGAGACGCAGAGCUGGGUGAGGGCAGUUGGCCCGGAGACCUGCUGCCAAGCGGUGGCCAUGGCUGAGGAAUUCCUGCGAAGGCAAGGUCAGGCCGAGAGAGAGGGAAAAGAGGUGGCAUUGGAGGAGGCCCCUGCAGUUUGCUCAGACGCAAGCCAAGUCCCAUUUGACUCUGAAGAGGGGCUGCUGCAUGUGGUAAUCAAGCAGGAAGAGGAUGACGGAGAGGCUGGACUGUUUGACUGGCCAGCAAGAGAGACCAGGGCAGAGAGUUUUCCACAGGAAGGCCUCACGUCAGAAGACAGGCUGUCAAGUUUGCCAGGAGGAUCUCAAGAGGGUAUUUCCUUCCAAUUUGAGCUGGCUGAGAAAGGAGACGUGUGCAAGACUGAGAAUGAGGCAGAAAUAUUCAAGGUGUUUGUGGAAGAAGUCGAGCACCCAGAUGUGGACGGAUCUGCUGGAAAUAAGUGCCUUGUGUGUGGAAAAAACUUCAGCUGUAAAUCAGAUCUGAACAGACAUCAAAGAACCCACACGGGGGAGAAACCAUUCCGAUGCUUCGAGUGUGGAAAGAGCUUUAGUCGAGGAGACUACCUUAUUUUGCAUCAAAGACUUCACAGAGGAGAGAAGCCAUAUAAAUGCUCAGAGUGUGGAAAGGGCUUCUAUCGGAGCACACGCCUUAUUUCACAUAAAAGAAUCCACCUAGCAGAGAAACUAUAUAAAUGUUCAGGCUGCAGCAAGAGCUUCUGUGAUCAAGCGAAGCUAAUGCAACAUAGGAGGAUGAAGCACACGAGCGAGAGACCUUACAAAUGUUUAGAGUGUGGAAAGAGUUUCAAUCGGAGCACACACCUUACUAGGCAUCAGAGAGUUCACACAGGCAAGAUACUGUAUAAAUGCUUAGAGUGUGAAAAGAGCUUCAGUUGUAGCAAGCAUCUUAUUUCACAUCAAAGAAUUCACACAGGAGAGAAGCCAUACAAAUGCCUGGCGUGUGGGAAGAGCUUUAAUUUCAGUGGAAACCUCACCUCACAUCUGAGGAUGCAUACAGGAGAGAAGCCGUAUGAAUGUUUAGAGUGUGGAAAGAGUUUCAGUCGGAGCGCACACCUCACUUUACAUCAAAGAACCCACACAGGGGAGAAACCGUAUAACUGCUUGGAGUGCGGAAAGAGCUUCAGUCAGAGCAGUAACCUCACUUCCCAUCAAAGAAUACACACAGGGGAGAAACCAUAUAAAUGCUCAGUGUGUGGCAGAUGCUUCUCUCGGGGUGACUCUCUGAUUUCCCAUCAAAAAACCCACACGGGAGAAACCGUAUAAAGGUUCAGGGUGGAAAGAACUUUUGACAAAGCACAUGCCUUAUUUAACAUUAUAGACUCCACACGGGGAAGAAACUGCACAAAUAAUGUGUGUGUCAUCAAUGCUUGGAAUUUGGAACAGAGGUUUUUUUGUUGGAAAAAAACAGCAGCCACCACAACCUCUUCUAGAUAUAAAAUACAUAUAUUUGGUGGGGGGGGGGAAACCCUGCUAGUUCUUCAUUGUUCCAUUGAAAUGUACAUUGUAAAUAAAAUU